CCACAAACGCGGUGCAGGGCGCAGCACCAUGGGCUGGGGUUGGGGGCUGCUGGCGCUCCUGGCGCUGGCCGGGCCCGGGCGCUGUGGCCCGCCGCUCCUGCCCUUCGGGUCGGAGGGCGGUGAUGCGGAGCUGGAAGCCGGGGACGACGUGACCUCGCCGGCCCUGGAGCUCAGCGCCCCGCUGCACUUCUACGGCUCCGCCGUCCACUCCGUGCACGUUGCCACUAAUGGAAUCAUUGGAAUGAACAAACCGUCAAAAGAAGAAAAAUACCUUGGUCGAUUCCCAAUAAGUUUUGGGGCUAUUGCUCCUUUUAUGGCUGAUCUGGACACUACCAGUGGACAUGGGAAGGUGUUUUAUAGAGAAGAUUCAUCCCCUGAUGUCUUGCAGCUUGUUGUCAGCUAUAUCCGAAGAGGUUUUCCGGAGGUUACUUUUGAUCCGAUUAGUGUUGUCAUUGUUACCUGGGCGCGUGUGGCUCCUUACCGUACUCCUAGUGAAGAUGCUGUUCUGGAAGACAAGAGAAACACAUUCCAGGCUGUUUUAGCCUCUUCUGAUUCCAGUUCCUAUGCUGUUUUCCUUUAUCCAGAAGAUGGUUUGCAGUUCUGGAGUACACACUCCAAGAAUGCCAAGGAAAAGAUUCCUGCUACUGUUGGCUUUAGUCAGGCGUCUACAAACUACCUACUCUGGGAAAAACUGGGAUCCUACAACAUAGUUGCUCAUGAUGAAGAGUCCAUCAGAAGCCUGUACAAAAGCAGCAAUAUUGGAAAGCCUGGAGUAUGGGUGUUUGAGAUUGGUAGCUCAUCUAUCAUCCUGCCUGCCAAAGUCAGCAGCAGUCCAGAAAGUUUGGAGUAUAAUGACUAUGAAGAAUAUCAAGAGGUGACUUUACAACCAUCUGUAUCAUACCAUAACUCAGCUGAAACAGGCCAACAACAUGUAACAUAUGAUGUUCACAGAAAAGGUGGCGAUCAACAGCAUAUUUCCUAUGGAGUUCCUCAGUCAGCUACAGAAGAAGACUUGAAGUCUUCAGUUGUAACUGGGAUCCCUCCAAUAGAGUCCUCUCUCAAUCGUCAGGCAGAUUUCGUCACUGGGAAAACACCACCUGACCCGUUUCAAGUCCAGAGGUUCUACCAGCAGGAACCCCAAGUUAUAGAUGUGGAAGAGUUUGAUGAAACAGGGAUUGUAUUCCGCUACAAUACUGAUGUCCAACAGACCUGUGCUAACAACCGCCAUCAGUGCUCCAUUCAUGCUGUUUGCAAAGACUAUUCAAAUGGGUUUUGUUGCAGUUGCAUUGCUGGUUACAAAGGGAAUGGCAGGCAAUGCGUAGCAGAAGGUUCUCCUCAGCGAGUCAAUGGGAAAGUCAAAGGAAGAAUCUUUGUUGGGAAUAACCCAGUGCCAGUUGUGUUUGAGAACACUGACCUCCAUUCCUAUGUUGUGAUGAAUCAGGGGCGGGCCUACACUGCUAUCAGCACAAUCCCAGAGACACUGGGUUAUUCUUUGCUUCCCCUAGCCUCUGUUGGAGGUAUCAUAGGAUGGAUGUUUUCUGUGGAACAGCAAGGAUAUAAAAACGGAUUCAGUCUUACUGGUGGUGAGUUUACACGACAAGCUGAAGUUAUCUUCCUUGGCAAUAAUGAGAAGCUGGUUAUCAAGCAGAAGUUCAACGGAAUUGAUGAGCAUGGCCAUCUUACAAUCAGCACAGAAAUGGAGGGUAGAAUUCCUGAGAUCUCAUUUGGUGCAUCAGUUCACAUAGAGCCAUACACUGAGCUCUAUCAUUCUUCUACAUCUGUGAUCACUUCAUCAUCUACCAGGGAAUACACAGUGACGCCACCAGAAAGAGAUGGCUCUUCUUCCAGCUACACUGCUGCCUACCAGUGGCGACAGACCAUCUCAUUUGAUGAAUGUAUCCAUGAUGACUCGCAUCAUCCUGUUUCUGCGACACAGCAGCUAUCAGUGGACAGCAUUUUUGUACUGUAUAACAAAGAUGAACAAAUUCUACGUUAUGCUAUGAGCAACUCCAUUGGCCCAGUUAGUGAUGGUUCUGCUGAUAUUAACCGGAAUCCUUGCUACACCAAUAGCCAUGAUUGUGAUAGCAACGCAGUAUGUCGCCCAGGAACAGGAAACCAGUUCUCCUGUGAAUGUUCUGUAGGCUUCCAGGGAGAUGGACGUUUUUGUUACGAUGUUAAUGAGUGCUCAGAGCAACCAACUGUAUGUGGCAGCAAUGCAGUCUGUAAUAACCAACCGGGAACUUACCGAUGUGAGUGUGUUGAUGGCUAUCAGUUUUCAGCUGAUGGGCGGAGUUGUGUGGCAAUCGAACAUGUGAUAAACCAUUGCCUGGCAGGCACGCACAACUGUGAUAUUCCUCAGCGUGCCCAGUGUACAUAUGUUGGUGGGUCUUCCUUCAUCUGUUCCUGUCUCUCUGGCUUCUCUGGAGAUGGACGUGCCUGUGUAGAUGUAGAUGAAUGUCAACAGAACCGCUGUCACCCAGAUGCUUUCUGCUACAACACUCCAGGGUCCUUCAGAUGCCAGUGCAAGGCAGGUUAUCGCGGGGAUGGUUUCCAGUGUGUGUUAGGAGAAGUGGAGAAAACCAAAUGUCAGCAUGAACGAGAACUGGCUUUGGGCUCUCACAUCCCCAGAGGGUCCAGACCUGUUGGUGAUUUUAUCCCACAGUGUGAUGAAUAUGGGAAUUACAAACCAACCCAGUGCCAUUCCAGCUCUGGGUACUGUUGGUGUGUGGACAGUUAUGGGAAUGAGAUUGAUGGCACAAGAUCUGGUCCAGGAAUCCGACCCCCAUGUCUGAGCACAGCUGCUCCUCCAGUUGUUAUUGGGCCCUCUGUUCGACCAGAUUCAAUUCCUCUGCCCCCAGGAACACACUUACUCUUUGCCCAAAGUGGGAAGAUUGAACAUGUCCCACUGGAGGGGAAUAAUAUGAAGAAAACUGAUGCAAAAGCUUUGCUAUAUGUUCCAGAUAAAGUUGUUAUUGGAGUUGCGUAUGACUGCAAGGACAAGAUGGUUUAUUGGACAGACAUCAGUGGCCCUUCCAUCAGUCAAGUCAGUCUGCAUGGUGGGGAGCCAACAGCCAUCAUCAAAACAGAUUUGGGAAGCCCUGAAGGAAUAGCAAUAGACCAUCUAGGUCGCAACAUCUUCUGGACUGAUUCACAACUUGAUAGAAUAGAAGUGGCCCGUCUGGAUGGUAACCAGCGUCGUGUGCUGUUUGACAGUGAUUUGGUGAACCCCAGAGCUAUCGUAGCAGAUGCUGUGAAGGGAAAUCUUUACUGGACAGAUUGGAACAGAGAUGCUCCAAAAAUUGAAACCUCAUACAUGGAUGGCACAAACAGAAGAAUUCUUGUAAAGGAUGAUCUUGGAUUACCAAAUGGGCUGACAUUUGACAUUUACUCAUCAAUGCUGUGCUGGGCAGAUGCAGGCACCAAGAAGUUGGAAUGUAUGAACCUCAGUCAGCCUGGUCGACGAAAGGUCCUUGAAGGAAUCCUGUACCCUUUCAGCAUUACAAGCUAUGGGAAGAAUUUGUAUUACACAGACUGGAGGAGGGAUGCUGUUGUAGCUGUGGAUCGCACAGUUUCAAAAGAGAAUGAUAACUUCCAGCCCCACAAACGUUCCCGUCUCUAUGGAAUAACUACAGCCUUGGCUCAGUGCCCACCAGGACAUAGUUAUUGCGAAGUGAAUAAUGGAGGCUGUACUCAUUUAUGCCUGACCACCCCAGCAGGCCGCUCUUGCCGCUGUCCUGACAACACUGUUGGAGUGGAUUGUAUAGAACAAAACUGAGAGCUAGCACACAGAAUGUGUUAGAGCUGCAGUGUCCUGUUGGAAAUGUACUGUAAAUAGUUCACAGCUAUCAACACAAUGAAGACCCUUCAUGAUAAGUUCUCCAUGCUGCUGACAGGGAGCAAGCCACAACACACACAUGCAAGUGCGUGCACACACAUACAUGCACACACUGUUUGGCGGCAUUCAGCCAAGUGUGUAAUGCCCAGUACUUUCUUCCUGUAGUUAAAGAUGAAGUUGGGAUCCAGCUGAACCUUAGCUGGCCAGACUGCAGGCCAGUAGCUCCCAGGUGAAUUUAUUAGGUAUAAGAUUGUAUGGGAUUGUGUGGCAUAAGAUUGUAUACAUUCACACUGCUCAUUCAGACCAUUACUUUGGCUGUUAAUUUUAUUACAAAAAACCUUAAUGAGUAUACUCUAGCAUACAGUAGGCAGCAUUCCCUCUAAGCUGUGCAGUGUGUGUGGCCACGCAGGCAUGCCUGGCAGUGCAGCAUGAGUGCACCUGUUUAGCCACAUGCAUCACACAGCUUAAAGGGGACACUGACAGCAGACUUCUCCACCAGCUCACAUUGCCUCUUCAUACUCUAUGAGCUCUUCUAUUAAAACAAGCUCUAGUGGGUGUUGUACAACUUUCACUGGAUUUUUUCCAGAAAGCCUUAUUUUUUGUGUCUGGCUGACAGAUAGCUUUUUAAUAUCCUCAGAGCUGAGAGUCUAAAUACAAAUCCCAACUCACAUUACUCAUCACAAAUGAGUGUUGGUUAGUUGCUGGUUUAUUUUUUUAAAGGGACACAUUUCCUUAGUAGUGUUUCAUUUCUAUUGUUUGUGAUGCAUAUAAGCAUAAAAAAGCAGGGCUUGAAGGGACCUCUGGAGAUCAUCUAAUCCAACCGCCUACCUGAGGCAGGAUCAUUGCUAUCCAGACUAUCCCAUACAAAUCCAUUAUCUAACCUACUACUAAAACUAUGCAGGCAACCUGUCACACAACCACAAAGCAUAGCACCUGAACCUGCCACAGGUAAAGCAAGGGGACAACAGUGGCCAAUGUCCUGCUGCUGUAAAGGCUGUUGAAAUCCAAGAGAAAUCCAAGAAGGAAUGCUACAGAGAAAUGCAAACCCCCACAAUGUAUCCGUCUGACCAUGGGGUAAAAUUCCUUCCUGGCCCCAACUGUAGUAAUCAGUCUGGCCCUGAACAAAGAGACAAGAUUUUCUAGCCAGGAACCUCUGGGUUUUGUUGUGGGCAGAAGCAUUGGCAUGCCACAGUCAAAAUCCCCAGCCUGAGCUGUAGCCAACACCCAGUGCUUCUGAGGAAGACAAAAAAAAGCCCCCAGACAUGUAUAGCAAAAGGAGAGUGGGGAAACAUCCUUCCUAGCCCCAUGUGGUAACCAGCAAAGCCGCAAAGCAUAGGAAAUAGCCAUAGUAGAGCAUAGGUGUAGCAUCCCUGAGCAAUGCUUAUCCAAUCCUUUCUUGAACACCUCCAGCGAUGGAGAGUCCACAGCAUCCCUGGACAGUCUGUUCCACUGCCUUACCGUUCUAACAGUGAAGAAGUUCUUCCUGAUAUCUUUUCUAAACCUACUUUGCUGCAAUUUCCAGCCAUUGGUCCUCAUCCUGUUCUCUACAGCUAGAAAGAAAAGGCAUUCUCCCUCAUCUUUCUGUUAGCCUUUCAGAUAUUUGGAGAUUGUUAUCAUGUUAAGAGCUUUUUCUGCAAGCUCAAGAUGCUUAUUUCCUUCAGCUUCUUCUCAUAUGACUUGCCUUCCAAGCUCUUCAUCAUUUUUUUCAUUCACUGCUGGACCCUCUCUAACUUCUCCAUUUUUUUAAAUGUGGCUCCAAAAAACUGAACCCAAUACUCUUCUUUAAGCUCAAAAUGAUAUGUUCGUUUUAUCCUAUCAUUUUCUGUCCUAUUUGGCAAGCUUGGUUAUGGGAGGGUGGGGUUCUUUCACAGACUAUGAGCAACCACAGCCAUUGAGUAUUUUAUUGUCAGAAGUGUUGCCUCUGUCUCAGGGCUUCAGAAUGAAUAAAGAGUUUGCCCAUUUCAGGUGCCAUUUAAAACAAGAGCAAACCAUCUGCACUGGAAACUGACACACAAGGUGGAGUGUGUCUUCACUGACAGAAUUUAUGUGAAACAGGCAGGGGAGUCCUGCACCAUCCCUCCAUAAGAAAUUACACAUUCUUAUAUGAAAGCACAGUUCUGAAAAGUCCAUACUGUAGCAGUGGGGUUAUAAUGUUGUUGUAGCCCUGAUGGCCUAGGAAAUGUUAGAGAGGUGAGCAUUUUGGGGCAAUAUCUUUUAUUUGGACCACCAGUAUGGUUGGGAUAGGGGUAGACAAGCUUCUGAGUGCAAUGUACCUUUCCUCAGGACAGACCUGAGAAAGGGCAGUUUGUGCCCAAAAGGUUGUCAAACCUCUCUCCCAGCUACAUAAUUGGUCCAAUAAAAGAUCAUUUGCCUCUUGUAAUGUAGCAGCACAUUUCUGGGGAUGUGAUUUCACAUCUGUGCCUUCUGCUGGCAAGGUAGCUCAUCUGCAGCAGCAAAACAAAGCAUGAUUGUGGAGGUCUUGGAUAAAAGCAGCUACCUUUUAAUAACUCCUGAUCACAGCAGUAAAUUAUAAUACCUACCCCACAGCAGCUAACAUCUGCAGGCCAUUCUCCUCCAGAUUUAAACAGUGUUAAAGCAGAGCCAAUUUUGAGCCUAAGCUGUGUGACAAUUUCCUCUUUUACUGAUAUAUUUAUCAUAAAAAUACCAAACUCUAUAUAGAAUGUUUUAAAGUUCUUUGUAUAACUCUUUAUAACUUUUGUAAUUCAUUUUAUAUCUACACUUAAUCAGGUACAUUUUUAAACUGUAAAUACCAAAAAAAUGUGCUGAUAUGAAGGUGCUUAAUACCUGUUCCUCCAGAAUUAUUCAAAUAUCAGGUGGUGCUUUAAAGUUUACACUCUGUACAGCUAUCUGUAGUACAGCCAAUAAAGAUUUUUUUUUGUAAAAAAAGAAAAAAAAAAGGUCUCACCUGCAAGGAGUGGGGGGGAAGUGGUAUCUUGUGCCUGUAAGUUAUCUUCUUGCAAAUGUUACCUGUUUUUCCCCUAUCCCGGUUAUGUCAGUCCUUUUAAUCCAGGGGUGGGCAAAAUAUGGCCCAUGGGGAUAUCUGACAUGCCAAGGCAUCUGGCCUAUGGUAGAUCCCUUGGUCCUGCCUAGCCCAGAUGCACGGGGUAGCCCAGGCUGUGGUGCAUAGGACCAUUCCCACUGCCCACAGGUGCACAACGAGGCUGCAGCAAUGCAACAGUCAGACUGCUUCUCAGCAGCCCAGCACAGCAGCUCACUGCCCAGCUCCCACUGCUGACGUCACCACUGUUGCCAGCCCCAGCCCCACUGCCUGGGCUCCCUGACCUAUCUGCCCCACAUGCACAGUCAGAGGCUCCAGGCAGAGUGGGUGAGUGUGGUCACUGGGGAGACUGGCCCAGGACCCGCACAGGCAGGGCAUGCUUGGCCAGGCAGAUGGGAUGGGGUCGUGGGUGGGCAGGGAGCAGCAUCAGCGAGUGGCAUGGUUGAGUGGCACAAAGGCUGAGGCCCAGAUUGCAGAGUGGUGUCAGCGCUGGACAAGGCCCAGUGUCAGAGCCAUGCUCUUCUGCCUGCGUGUCCGCAAGAGCAGCGUUGCUUCCAUGGGCAGGGGCAUGCCGGGUCUGCCCUGGGCCCCAGCCCUGUGCAGGCAGUGCCCCAUGGUCCUGGCCCCGCCUGCCUGUCCCACUGCCAGACACUGCUCCCUGCGCGCCUGCAGCCCCAUCCCAUCCACCCAGCCGAGUGCGUCCUGCCUAUGCAUUUCCUGGGCCAGUCUCCAUAGGUAUUUCUAGAAGUAGCCAGCUGGAGUGACCUAGUGUUGAGGGACUGACAUGUUGGCCUAGAUGUCAAGCCUAAGCACUCAGCAGAAUGGGAGCUGUUAUAAAUACUGUGCCCAUUCGGGCCUCUAUCCUGUCCCUGAUGAUAGCUAGCACCAGAUCAGAGGAAGAUGCAAGAAAUCCCUCUCUUUGGAAGGUCUCAUUUCCUUAUAAUUGCAGACUAAUUUAUACCUGGUAACAUUAGUUUUUGUUCCCUCCCCAAAUGAUUUUUUGUUACAAUUAAGUCAUAACUCUGGCAAUUCUUGUUACCCAUAUAAAAGUCCAAUCCCGCCUUGAAUCUUGUGAAAUUUGAGGCUUCAGCAGUGUACUGCAGCAGUGAGCUUAAAUUACAUUUUGUGUGGGGAAAGGUGUUUCCUGUAAGCUAGCUUGGCUCUGCCAUCCCAGUAGAUUUGGCUCAGGCAUUCAUCUUUUUUUUAGUUACUAUAUAUUGAAAGAACUGUUAAAAACCUGAACAUACUGUUGCUUUUGCCCAAAUGCAAAGACUGUUAUGGCACCUUUCAUAAAAUGAGAAGCUGUUGGUGCUGUUCUUGGCCAAAUUCCCUCACCUGUUUCUCUACCCAACUGUCCUGUACUGUGCACCAUCUACCUUCAACCACAGAAUCUGCUGUUCUUGAGUGGCUCUCAGUUACAAAUUGCCUUGGACUGUCACAGAGCCAUAGAGAAGUAGGACUGGAAGGGACCUUAAGAGGUCAUCUAGUCCAACCCCCUGCUAGAAGCAAGGUCAUCCCUAUCCAAACCAUCCCAUACAAACCAUUGUCUAAACCCUGACACAGCAUAAACUUAACACCCUAACCUGCCACAGGUAAAGCAGGGAGGGUGACCACAGUAGCUUCUACAAUAUGUCUCAAGAGGUCCUGGUCAGAGAGCCACACCACCCCUGCUAAAGAAGAAGGCAAAAACUCCCAGUCCAUACCAAUAUGACCACUGGAAGUCAGUCAUCUCUUUAGAUGCUGUGGAUUUUAGAAAUAUAUGAUUUGGGGAAGUGGGGAGUUCAAGUUGUUUUGAAUUGGGUUGAAAAAGGACUCCCCCCUAUGUGACAUUGGUCAGGCUGCAGUUGGAGUACUGCAUCCGGUUCUGGAUGCCACACUUCAGGACGGAUAUGGACAGCAUCAAGAGGGUCCAGAGAAGAGCCACUCGCAUGGUCAGGGGGCAGCAGGGCAGGCCCUACAAGGAGAGGCUACAGGAUCUGAACCUGUUCAGCCUUUGCAAGGGGAUCUGGUGGCCAUCUAUAAACUGGCCAAGGGGGACCAGCAGGCCAUGGGAGGGUCCCUGUUCCCCUGAUCAGUACUGGGAGUAACAAAGAAUAACAGCCAUAAAUUGAUGGAGAGUAGGUUCAGGCUAGACAUCAGGAGGCACUACUUCACAGUCAGGGUGGCCAGGAGCUGGAACCAACUUCCAAGGGAAGUGGUGGUCGCUCCUGCCUUGGGGGGUCUUCAAAAGGAGGCUAGACGAUCACCUAGCCAGGGUCAUUUGACCCCAGCAUCCUUUCCUGCCCAUGGCAGGGGGUCGGACUUGAUGAUCUGCUCAGGUCCCUCCUGACCCCACCAACUAUGAAACUAUGAGCUAGAAAGUUGGGUGAUUUUACUCACUAGUACAAAAAAAGGGUAAAUUAUUCUCUGAUUUCUUGGAGAUGUAUGUUAGCUAAAGAUUUCAGAAAUGUUUCCAUUCAGGUCUACUCCUAAAGGCUUCAAAACGUAUAUUGUUAAGUAAGCAACAUGUGGAUAAUUUUUUCUUGCAGUUACCCCAUAACGAAAAUUGUGUCAGCAAGGAUCUGAAAAGAAAUAAAUUGCAACUCAGCAUCAAGUUCGUGAGAGGAUCAGUGGGACACAGAGCUAGCCAGGAGGCACUAUACAAUGCAGUGUAAAUAAAGUGCAAGAGUUCAGAUGCAAAGCAUUCCCCCAAAAUGAAAGACUAAGUGUUUUAAUCCCCUAAACUGCUUGAAAAUCUUGACCAUUCAGUUCGCUUGCAGAGUCACUUUACCCUACACAAUAGAAUAUAACCAAGCACUUAUAAAAUAAUUAAUCUGUAAACUUGUUAUAUAUGUUGCCAGGAAGUAUGUCCCUGAUUUCCCCCCACUGGGGAGGAGCUGAAACAUUUACAUUUUAGUGAAAUGAGGGAUCUGGCAUUUCCUUCUAUAUCUGAGAAGCAUUUGGAAAAAUCUGUUGUUCUUCCUUUGCUUGUUAUCCCCAUAGCAUUCCCUCCUAGUACAGCUGCCAGUUCCGAGUAGCUCACAGAAUUGCAGCAUCCUCCUAAGUACCUUUCCAAGUUGGCAGACUUCUUGCUCUGCAGUUCUCCAAAUACACCAUUUUGUCACAACACAUUAGAUUUUAAUUCAUGGGCUUAUAAUGAAGAAUGACAGGCGAUUUAUUAGAGGAUAAGAGGAUAAAUGGCUCUUCAGUGACAGUGUCACACUGCAUCAGUUUAACGUAGGGUUAAAUAUGGUCUGUUUCUCAUGGCAUUCUGCUGUGAAAAAAGGUUUGAAACAGCACAAGAACCUGCUUUAAAAUAAAGUUCUUGCUAUCAGCCAGGUUGUGAAACACUGGAGGAAAUAGACUGUACAACUGUCUUGUUUACAAGAACUAAAUGUUACAUCCAAGAUCCAAUGCACAUGUCUGGGGAUUUGGCAGCAUUUCACACAAUAACCAUUUAAACUGUUUCCCUUGUUUUAAGUUCUGCUCCACUUGAAUUCUGCCAAUGGCUUUAUUUGUGUAUAUAGGUCAGCAGGUCAGAAAGAUGGAAGUAAGAGCUGUUUCCUCUGACCAUACAAAUUAAAACUCUCAGGAAGUUUGAUUAAGCACUGAGUGGCUCAGCUGCUCAUGCCGUGCCCAGAAAGGGUUGAUCAACAAAAUAACUGAGAAUGUUCCCAUUCUCUAAUUCCAGCAUCCUGCUACAAUAACAUAUCGGCAUCACACAGGGACCGUCAUCUACUACAACAUUUCCAUUGGGCAUCUUAUAGAAUAGCCAUCUCACCAUGCCCAGGCAGUGAGCACACCUGGAGUAUCCAAUACAGUCAAACAGUUAAAAGUGACAGAAUGAGAUGAUUGCAUAAUUGUGUACAAUAAAUGAACAGGAAACCAUGAUCAAAGACCAGCUGCUUUGUGGGCAGAGAAAAACAGAUUUUGUUGAACAAAUUAUGUGUUAGAAAUCAUUCCCUUGGCUAUAAUUAUAUAUGGACUUUCUCCAUCCUCAGUUAUCUUUUGUGCUCAAGAGUAAAAACAGUAAAUUCUUCACAGGAAAAAAUGUAUUUAGUGGAUUUGUCCACUUUUUGCUUGAAAAUUAUCUAUGUUUACAAUUGUACUUGCCAUUCAACUGAUGUUCUAUUGGCCAUUGAAGUAACUGGGAGCCUUAUCUGACCCUUUGUGAAAGUAUUUCAACCUGUCUUUGCAAAUGGUUUGUUCAGGUCACUGUUGGUUCUGUGCUUGUUAUCUCAGUGGCAUAGUGUUGUUUGCCUGAUUGUCUGUCUAGAAAACAAGCAAAGAGAAUGGAGGGAUCAUUUACCACAAUAUGUGUUUAUAGGUAGACACCUAUUAUGUCCUGUCACAGAAGGAUCAACUUUUGCAAUGGCUGAAACCUACAUGCCAGCUACAAUCUUCAGGUUCCCCUCCGUUAGAUUCCAUGUGGCCACUGAUUUAGGCUCUUCUCAGGUGUUCAACUGAACAGGUAAAUUAAUUAAUUUGGGAGUCAGGAGUUUUCUAAUAAAGGUAUUUUUAAUACUAGCCAUAAAUUAAUAUACUGAAACAACAGAAACAAGUUUUCCUUUGGGACAGAUACUUCUGGGGAGAUUAAUAUUCCAUAGAUGAAAUCUUGCCUAGAACCAUCCAGAUAGAAGUUGCUAUUAUAUAUAUCCAUUUCAUUUCUCUAUUAAGAUCAUUUUUAAGCUGCAAUGAGAUGUCUAAAUUGUUUCUCAUGCACUUAAUCUGAUCCCUUAUUUGGUCAGCUGCAAGGAAACCAACUUCACAUGUUUCAACCAGUGCUGUAGCCAGUUACGUGGUUUGUAUUUUCCCCCCCUCAGCUUGAGCUGGGUUUGAGUGCAGAAAUACCCAAGGAAAAUGGCUGCAUUGCUGAUCAAAAACCAUUCUUUUCAAAAAUACUCUUUCAUGAACAAGACACACUCACUAUCAGGUUCCUAGUUAGUGAACUAGCAGUGGUGGUGGUAGGUAAGUCUAUUUUGGAGAGGUGUAACAGAUUGGUUUGCACCUUUGAAAGCAAACCAAGGAACAGCCAGCAGGUAAGAGGUACAUGCUGAUGAGGCUGGAGCACAGCUUGGAGGUUUCAGAGGACUCCCAAGAAGUGUCUGAGAAGUGGGAGAGGUUGGGAGGAAGCAGUUUUGCUCUAAGAAGUUGACUGUGUGCUGUUGAAGUUGAGAUCGGGCUCCUUAGGGCUGGGCUGGUGUGGGCUGUAGUUCCUUUAUAUUUGAACCAUUUUUCUAUUCUGGAAUUGAAACUAACUAAGGGAGCUGCAUACUGGACUCAGUAUGGUUGACUGUCUUCUUUCUGAGUGGGGACCUAGACCUAUCCUACAGGAGGGCAGGGUGUACAGUGAUGAGAACGGGGUAACUGGGAUUCACAUCUCUUCCUGGCUCUCCUGAUAGUUCAAUAGGGGACACCAAACCAGUCACUCAAGACCAAUUCUUCCAAAGCACACCAUUUCUGAGUUCCCACCUCAGAUAUAGAGCCUGACCCCAGGAUACUGAGCACUUACAUUUCCCACUAACGUCAGCUGAAAUUCUGGACUCUGAGUGCCUUGGAAAAUCAGGUCUUUGAAGUCAGAAAUUGGGCACCCAUAAUUAGUCCCCACUCUCAAAAGUUUUGGCUCAGCCAUCCCUAUGCUUAGUUUACUCACUUGUAAAAGGAGCCAGGUGGCUCUUCUCAAGCUGCUAAGGGUAUUGUGAGACCUAUUUAUGAAGUACUGGGAGAUGCUUGUGUGAAAGUCAUUGUAAAACUCCAACUAUUAUUUACUACCAUCUAGAAGACCUUAUAAGGAGGAAGGGCACUGUGUCCUAGUCCAUGAUGAGGGGUUUUAGGUGCUAUGCCAAAUCAAAUAACAACAGUAUGAACAAACUCCUACAGGAUAAUAAACUGUACUUAAUGGAAGUAAUCAUGGGAUUUGAACCUGCACUCAAACAAAUUGUCCAUUGACUUAUGUGGCAAUUCUGCUUUGGUCAGGACUGCAUGAUGCACAUGGGCCAAACUACAAGCAUAGUAACACGGAAAACUGGUAGGUGUUACUGGGCUGAAUCAUGUCAUUUUCUGAGCAUUCCCAGGCCCCGCACAGAUGACUCACACAACACAUUGUCUGUCUAGACCUCAAGAAAGGCAUAGAGCACUGGUUCUCAACCUUUUUAGGCUCAAGGCACCCCUCGAAAAACACCAGCUCCUAGCUUUCACUUGCUUUUUGACUACAGAAAAAUAAUAGAACAAUUCUUUUGUUGCAAAAAACUCAGACCACAACAGGUCAGAAUGGUUUGGACAUCAUGGAUUCCUCUGAUAUUUCUGGGUUUAUCUUGUGAAUUAGCUGAUGAAAUAGCAAAGUGGCUAGAGCACAUGUCCAGGAUUAGAGAGACCUGUAUUCAAUUCCUUCCUCCUCCAGGAUAUUUGAACCUGAAUGUCAUACUCUGGUGAGGCCUCACUUGGAGUAUUGUGCCCAGUUUUGGGCCCCACACUUUAAGAACGGUGUGGAUAAUUUGGACAGGGUCCAGCACUGAGCCACAAAAAUGAUCUGGGGCCUGAGAGACAAGACGUAUAAGGAAAGGCAGAAAGAACUAGGGUUAUUUAGUCUGGUGAAGAGAAGACAGAUGGGGAAUUCAAUAGCAGUCUUCAAAUACCUGAAGGAUGGUUAUAGAGAAGCUUGAAAUGUGCUUUUCUCUGUGGCCACAGGGGGCAGGACUAGGAGCAAUGGCUUCAAGCUGCAGCAGGGAAAAUUUAGGUUGGAAAUUAAGAGGAACUUUCUAACUAUAAGGGUGGUCAAGAAUUGGAACAGGCUACCCAGGGAAGCUGUGAAUUCUCCAUGCUUGGAAACUAUCAAAAGCAGGUUGGACACACUUGGCUGGGAUGGUUUAGUCAGGGAUGCUCCUGUCUUGAGCAGGGGCGGGUGGACUACAUGACCUUGUGAGGUCCCUUCCAGCCCUACUUUCCUAUAACCGAAGAGAGCACAUGAAUCCUAACCACCAGACAAUUCUGAGACUGGGGUGAAUUAAGUGUCCCUGAAUCCCUCCUAAUGAAGCCUAACUGCAGGAUAUUGAGGGUCAUAAGGACUGAGGGGAUUUCAAGGAUCAUCUAGUCCAUGUCCCCCCACUCCCCCCGCCCUCCAUUAAACAAGUUUUACUGUACUUAACCCAUCUUUGGCUGCUGCCUAUCCAGCCUGGUCUUGAAGUCUCCAGUAAGGCAGAUUCUGCAGUUUCUUUUGGAAGUGUUUUCCAAUAUCUAGCUGCUCAGGUAUUUAUGGUUUUUUGUCCCUGAGGCUUGAUCUCAAUCUGCCUGCCUGCACUUUAAGCCCACUGCUUAUCUCUCAGAUAUAGUUUUCUUGAAUCAGGGAAGUAAUUCAUCAUGCAUAAAUUUAAGCACAUGUCUCUACAGGAUUAAGGCUCACACCAUUUCCUGUCUUGCUGUAAAAAUCUUUAUAAAUAGUAAGGCAGCAGGAAAAAGCCUGUUUUUUUACAGCUUUAAAAUAAGUCCAGGGCAUGCUGUUUAAAGGGUUCUCUCAGAAACUGAAAUAUUUUAAAAAAUAUGAUUUUUAAAAUUCAAGCACUGUUAGUAUACAGUAUAUAGAAAAUCACUAUUUAAAAUUACACUAAUGUAUUUAUGUAAAAGUAAUGGAAGUUCAGGAGGAAGGAAGAGUCAAAUUGAAUUUUAUUUUCUCAUUCAAUCUGCAUUUGAUCCAUUCUUCAUUCCUACUGGUGCCAGUGAGUUUUAGUUUCUAAAACAGACCGUCAGUUCAAGUAUAUGUCAUCAAAAUAUUCAGAAAUGCCAGAUGCAGUCUACCUUCAUGGAGUUUACAGAAUUCAAUUAGAAAUGCAGGAAUCUAUGCAUGCCCUCAAGCAGCAAAACUCAAAUUACAUUUCCAGAUCUGAGUGAUCUAUUCAAAUCAGCCAUUUAUCUAUUUGCUAAAUAUAUAUUUAAUUAUCCUCCAGUUAGUCACUGGUAUAGUCUAACAAUUUGCAAGAUGUUUACAAACUUAGCUGUAUGUUCACUCUGGUGACAGCAUUAACAUAAUCUGAUUUAGAGCUUCAGUAAGUCACGAUGGGUGCAUCUACACAAGAUGCUUUGAGCACAGUAGACUAAUUCUCCUGCGCAUUAGCAUGGCAGACAAAACCUGUGCUAAUGAGCUAAUGUGCAGGAGAAUUAGUCUACUGUGCAUCAGCGUCACCAAAAAAACAUGUACUGCAGCUAAUGCACAGUAGUGCUGAUUACGGCACAUUAAGGUAGUACCUGUAAUUACAGGUAUCAAACUUAAUAUGUCAUAAUUACAGCGCAUUAAUUAAUGUGUAGAUACACCCAUUGACUAUGAGCCUUCAAGCUGAGGUUUAACAACCUUUGCAACAGUAGGAUGUUAGCUGUAUGGUUCCUUGCAUCACCUGUGGCAGGUUAAGAUGCUAUGUCUUGGGUUUUGUGUCAGGAUUGACUGUGUAGUUUUGCUAAAAGGUUAAACAAUGGAUUUGUAAAAGAUGAUUUGAUUAGGGAUGACCCUGCCUCAGAUAAGGUGUUGGACUAGAUACCUUCUGGAGGGCCCUUCCAGCCCAGGUUCUCUGUGAUACUCUGAUUCAUAGAACUAAUAUGUGAAUACCUCAGAUACUUGUUACAGAAUUGGUUUACGUAGUCUCAGAGGCCUCUCAGUGAAGGUGCCAGCUGGGUUGCUGAACAUAUCAAAUCCUCAGCUUUUUUUUCCUGUCGUAAGUCAGUGUAAUGCUCCAUGCUUCCUAGACUGACCCAAACCCAUUCUGACACAAGAAGAGUUUCCAGAGGUUUGUCAAGACUGUCUGGAUUUCCAAGGCAGAGUUAUUUUGCUUUGUACGGUAGCUUGUGCUUUUAUAUCAAAUAUACAUUUAUUUUGUAUAAAGCUCAUGCAGAUGGAGUUGGUCAGGGAUCAGCAACCUAUGGCCUGUGGGCCAGAUCUGGCCCACAGAGUCUUUUAAUCCAGCCCUCAGACAUGGGGUUUCAGCAGCAGUAGCUGGCACAGGGAAAGGCAGCCACAGCGGGCACAGGGGAAACACUCACCACUGCUGCUUUUCCCUGUACCAGCACAGGAGAAGUGCCCGCCAUCUGCACUGGGAAAGUGCCUGCUGCCGCUGCUUUAUCCAGCACCUGCUGCCACUUUUCCCUGGUGGGCACAGGAAAAAGCAGCAGUGGCAGGUGCUUUCCCCAUGAAGGUGCAGGGAAAAGAAGCAGAGGGGGCAGCAGAUGCAUCCUAGUACCUACCUACCAGCCCUCCUCUGCCCUGAAUUGGGUCAGUCUGGCCUGCAACUUUUAAAGGUUGUCAGCCCCUGUAGUUGGUCAUUAGGGCUAUGCGAAACGGCACCGUUCCAUUUCGCCUUGAGUUUCGACGGUUCGACAGAACAGUGUUUUAUAACAAAUUUCAUUUCAAGUCGAAACAGCUGUCCUGUUCUGUUCCACUGAAACAGAAAGGCUGUUUUGAGUUUCACUGGGGAUGGGAAGUCAGCCCAGCUGGGGUGAUUUCCUGUCCCCAGCGCUAGAUCAUACCUGGGGGCGGGAGGCAGCCCAGCUGGGCUGCUUCUCUGUGCCCCACGCUACAUUGCUGAAGCAUGGGGGAUGAGGAAGCAUUCCAGCUGGGCUGCAUCUCACCCCUGGUGCAAUGUAGCACAGGGGACAGGAAAGCAGCCCAGCUGGGCUGCCUCGCCACCCCCUGCUGGAUCUUGCAAUGAGGAUGGGAAGUCAUCCUGGCUGGACUGACUUUCCAUCCCCAGCCUAUGGUUGAAACGUUUCGACUUUCAAAAUGUUUCAACCAGCCUUGUUUUGUUUCUAGGCUAUUUUGAGAGCCUUUGUUUUGUUCUGGUUUUGCUGUUUCGACCUCCAAAUUGGUCAAAACUGUCAGAAUGAAAUGGCUGGUGAAAUUUCACACAGACCUAUUCGUCAUAAUAUGCCACUGAUCUCCCUAGACUCAUGCCAAGAUUGGCAUGCUUCAAGCCAGUGGGUGAGCAGCUGCAGCUAAUGGAGGUUCAGUAAUAUCAAAGGGACUCUGUGUGGGGGCAGCAGCCUGCAUUAUCAGUUGCAAGAUGACAGCUUUGAAUUGCUGCUGCAUGUGCAGACUAGCAUUUUAAGGAAAUCUUGCUGGAGUACCCUACAAUUAAAAAUCCCCAGAGGUCAUGG